AUGUUUGCAAAAAUCAUUUAACAUAUGACAGGUCUCAAGGCAUUUGCCACUAUCAAGUUAUUGUAAAUGGUGGCAUUCCAUCUGGAAUUCUUGAGCAGUUUUGGAAAAGCAGUGGAUUGUGUUUAGAGCAAUAAAAUGAAAAAGAAUUUGUGGACCACUUGGCCUGAAUUUCUGAACAUCAGUAGCAACUUCCAGGAAAUUCCUAAGCAAAAGCUUCUCCCAGAGAAAUGUACUGAUGUGAUGAAACUGCCAGCAGAAGACAUGGGUCUUUAUGGAUUCUGCCCAGCUUCAGAUGGGUUUUAUCUUGUAAUAUGCAAGAUUUGUGGAAAUGCUGUGAAACCACAGAGUCUUAAAUUCCAUAUGGAAAACAGACACAAAAGAGUCUUUGUUUUCCAAGAAACCUGAAGCAAAGUCUCAGUUACGUAUAAAAAAUGGAACUUUCUUUUUAACAUAUGGCAAUCAGUGUAAGAAUAUAGAUGCUAAAGUUCCACAAAUUAGAAAAAUAAGCAGUUAUAGUAGUCAUCGGUUUUGUCCUACUAUCAGCAAAAGCUUCCAUGAGAAUACUCAAUCAGAAAAAUUAAGAGUAGAACAUAAGCAUGAAAAUAUUAAUGUAUCAGCAAACAGAUUAUUAACUCAGAAUGCACCUGUAAGGAGCAGAUACAUGCCAGAAAUUCAUACUAAUUCUAUGCACCCAUCUGUUUCUUAUGAACGCUUAAACUGUGCUGGUGUUCGUUUUGGUUCUUCAUAUAGUGUAAGAAAACCUGCAAUGUGUUCAAUUUCUGAGAGUGUUACCAAUUUAACUAGUACAAAUAAGCAACUACGAAUACCUCAUAUACAGUACCAUCCUAGACCUUAUGCUAUUUGCACGUAUGGCAUGAGAAGCACUAGACGUGGAUUAGUUUUAUGCAGUUAUAGAUCUGAUUCUGUGAGAGAAGCUUUAGAAAAGACCACAGAAGAAGAGAAACGGUUCCUUGCGCGACUUUCACAAGGAAAUGUUACAAUAAAUAAAUCCUGUAGUUCAAACUCUUCCUUAACUGAAACUUCCAUAACUUCCUUUAAGAAAAAUAGUCCAUUUUUAACGCCAAAUAUAAAGCUCUGUGAUAUAAAAGAUCAGUCAAAUAGCUCUGUGUCAUGUAUGAAUGUUAAACCUUUGUCUAGACAGAAGUGUUUAUCUAAGAUUACUCUCUUAAAUAAAGCAAUUCCAAGGAAAAAGAAUAGACAAAGUGUAAAAUACGUUAAAAGUGGUGAUAAAAUAUAUCAUCUUCAAAGACCACUAAUUGAUUGGAGUAAGUUGCGUUGCUCUGCAAGCAUAGAUUUAAAUAAUGUACCAUGGAUAUCUAAUAGUGUGCAGUAUUAUCCUUUUUCACGUGAUAAAUCACCUAAAAAUGAAGAAAUUGCCUCUCAUUGUAACGCGUUGACCCAUCUAUGCAAACAUUUAAUUAGAUCAAAAAACAAAUAUUAAUUCGUAAUACAACCCUAAGUACUUCAGGUUAAAUGUUCCAUGCUUCAAUUUAAUGAUAGGUUUUGAAUAUUAAGUUUAAAUCAUGCAAUAUUUCAAGCAUGAUUUAUCAGCACUUAAUACUUUAAUGAACCAAAAUUUGUUUAACUCUUUUCUGAUUUCUAAAUUAUUAAUAUAUAUAGCAAAAAUUAACUGCAUUGCAUGUAAUAUGUUCCAAAAUUAGUUUGUAUUGGGUAGUUUUCUAAAAUUUUGGUUCUGAUUUGGCUGUCUAAUAAUCAUCAUAUUAUAAAAUACAUUUUAAUUGCAUUUGUUAAAUUUUUCUUUAAGUGUAAUGUUUUCUCAUGCAUGUUAAUUAGAAAUGGAAUUUUUAUGUUGAAAAUUGUGUGCAUAAAGUGUGUGCAUGUGUGUUGAAAAACUGUGCAUAAAGUUACUGUGUUAAGACUGGACUGUAACCUUUUGACUAGAUCUGGAAUUUCCAAAUUUCUUGAUUCUGUACCUUAAAUUAAUAAAGCUAGCUAAAUAGAGAGCAGUAACAAUGAUGUUAGGGUUAUAAAAGUUAUAUGCUUCCAGUUCUGAUAUCAUAUUAAAUUCAGUUGAUAAUCUUUGAUAAAGGGACCAAAUUAGGUGUAGAAUUGUGACAUUUAGUCUCGAACAAUAACUGAUUCCUAUGUGUUUAAUUUGGUCCUUUACUGUUUCAUAGAAAAAAAGAAUAUUAUAAAUAUUUAAAUUUAGUUUCCUAGUGAAACAAUAAGAUAAAAGUUUCAUUCUUUUAGCCUGUAAACACCUGUGUAUUCUGUUGUAUAAAGCACUAUUAAGGGAUUCUGUGACUAAUUUACUUCUGUAUUAUUCCCAGAGUGAUGCCAUUUUUGUGCAUUACAUUUCUGCACAUCAAAGGUGGGAAUGCAAAAAAUUUUCUAAUAGGGCAUUGAAUUGCAAACAAUGAACAACAUUUUUGCUUAGCCACUUAGCUUUUGAUCAUUUGCAGGAUUAUUUUAAUAAUGUCCAUUCCUACUCUGAUGGCUGGUCUCAGUGGUGCUCAUGUGUUUUAGUUUUUUCAGGGUUCUUGUUAUGCAAAGGCAGUCUCAUAUCACAAUUAAAAUCUUGUGCAAUUCCUAAUGCUAUUGCUAUUAGCAACUUCAUGUUAAAGCAAAUUCUACCAUGACAGUUUGCUGCAAAAUGUGUUACUAUGCAAAGUGAAGUACUGUACUUUGGAAGUUACAGAAUAUAUUGGCAAGUCUUACAUAAAUUUAUUAGAAUUUAGUUGUCCAAUGAAAUGAGUAAGAGAAGAUAACACAGUACCAAAAUUGUUUAAUAGUGAUAUCAAUAGAUUGUUUUUACAGGGUUAUGAAUUCAUACUCAGUAUAUCAUCAUCUCAAAAUUUUAUAGUCAUCUCUACAGAGGAAAUACAGAAAACACAAAGGAUAGCUCAAGGUACUGUGCUUGAAAUCAGACAGCAGAUAGAACCAAGGAUUAAAUUUUACUCAUUGUUUUCAACAGCUUUGUUUUGUAUGAUAGCAAACUAAAUGUUAGUGCUGAAAAAGGACAAAAGAUUUGGCAAUGUAUCACAGGUUAUACAAUAGAACAUUCAAAGUGGCUAUAAGCAGUUUUCUCUGUAAUAUUUCUUGCCCACAAAUUUGGAUAUGUUUAUGUGUGGUUGUUGUAUAUGGAUCUGAUAUCUAGUAGAGGGAGCAAAUUAAGCUUUAGCUCUGAGUGGCAUGACCCUUUAUCUGGUCAUGAGACAUUUUGUCAUUUGGUACAUACAAUGCAAAGUCCGAAAUCUUGAUGUCCCAUAUCUGGUAUGAUCUAUCUCUGGAUCAUCAACGGGGCCCACCAGCGGCCGAGCGGUAAAGUCACUGAAUGCUGAUAGUUCGGUCCGAGGUUCGAAUCCUGCGAACGGGCUGGCUGCAUGGGUGUUUUC